UGAGCCGGGCCGCCCCCGCCGGCCCUCCGCGCCCGGUCGGCAGCAGGGCGCACAGCCAGGCCGGCGGCUCCCGAAGCAACCGGGCGAGCGCAGCAGAGACCCGCGUCACCUCGCGUCACCCCGCCCCGCCUGCUUCCCAGGCCCACGUCCCGCCCCACGCGCAGGCGCACGGCCGCUUUUCGGGUCCGCCCUUUUUCGAGAUUUGAAUUUCCCCCUGCAAAUCGAGAGGCAAAAUACCCGUAUGGUGAUCGCUGGCCUUUUCGCGCCAAUACUGAAAAAGGCAGAACGGUCCUCCACUCGUGCCAGCCAAUCAGCAGGGCUCCUGCCUUCCUCCGGGGCAAGGUCGCAGCAUCUGCGUCGGAAAUCACGGGACGUCUUCCUGCUGGCUCAGCUGGGAAGCCAAGGAGUGUUUUUCAAAAGCUGUUUAUCUGAAUUCUGAAAUCGCAGCGGCUGCUGGCUGCUGCUCUUUUAAGCUGUCUGCCCCAGGUCACACUGAGGGUUCCAGAUGAAGCCGGAGUCGGGGCAGGCCCUCUUCCACGUGGCCGUGGCAGGCUGCCUCUGUGCUGCCACCGUCUAUACAGGCGUUUUCGAGGGCGUCUUCGUCCAAGUGGGCUAUGAGCACUACGCAGAAGUGCCCGUGGCCGGCCUGCCAGCCUUCCUGGCCAUGCCCUUCAACUCACUUGUGAACUUGGCCUACGUGCUUCUGGGUGUGUACUGGCUGCGGAGGAACAGCAGCGCCCCAGGGUGCCCGGCGGAGAUGGGGAGGGCCGGCUACCUGAAAGCCGUCUUCGCGGGCAUGGCGCUGCUCUACGGCCCCGUGCAGUGGCUGCGCAUCUGGACCCAGACGCAGCCGGCCGCGGUGCUUGACCAGUGGCUCACUUUGCCCAUCUUCGCGUGGCCGCUGGCCUGGUGCUUCUACCUAGACAGGGGCUGGAAGCCCUGGUUGUUCCUGUCCAUCGAGUGCCUCUCCCUGGCCAGUUACGGCCUUGCACUGCUGCACCCCCGCGGGUUCGAGGUCACGCUGGGUGUUCACGUGGUGGCCACCGUGGGGCAGGCCCUGCGUGCCCACCGGCGGUAUGGCAGCACCUCCUCGGCCACCUACCUAGCUCUAGGAGUGCUCUCCUGCCUGGGCUUCAUGGUCCUCAAGCUGUGUGACCAUCAGCUCGCACGGUGGCAUCUCUUCCAGUGCCUCACAGGCCACUUCUGGUCCAAGGUCUGUGACGUGCUCCAGUUCCACUUUGCGUUUUUGUUUCUGACAAAUUUAAGCACUUGCCAACGACUCCAUCCUAAGGGGAAGGCACAUUAAAGUGUGGAAAGAAGCUAUUAAUACUUAAAACUGAUGACCCCCCCCAUUGAAAUGGACUGUCAGAUGACACUCUGUUACCAGUGCUGGUGUCCUGGGUGUGAUAAUAUAUGAUGAUUACACCAAAGACUGUCCUUCCUUUAGAAGUGACAAGCUUCAGUACUCAGGCGUGAAGCGUGAUGACCUCUACAGCUUACUUUCAAAGACGUAAAGCAAAGAUCUAGGUGCAGGAUGUGUACAAGCUCCUCAUACUAUUCUCGCAACUUUUCUGUGGUUUGAAAUGUUUCGAAAUAAAGCAUCAGGGAAUGGUGGAAAUAACCCCAAGAAAUCCGUCAUGCUCGCAG